UGCUGCUCCGAGUGAGUUGCCAUUGUCCGUAUCCUCUUGCGGUCACGUUGACACAUUAUCUGAUUCCGCAAGACAUUCUUGAUUGGUCGAAUGAUCUCGUACAUUCAUAGUUAUCCCGCCUUCUGUUUCUGAAUCGAAUACGCAUCUCUAAGGGGUCGGUCUGAUUUGCAUACAUAUCCGCCGUCCAGGUUCCGAGGCUCAUUUGUCUAAUCCUUCCUGGUUGGGCACACAUGAACUCGAGUUCAGGGCAAGCGUCGGUGUAACCUUUCAGUCCAUGGCGGUAGCCCGGCAUGCAUGCGCAACGAAAUUAUGCGUGCAGUCUGGAAGCAAUGAUGACACUCAGGCACCCGCCACGCGGGCAGCAUAUGAGAUUCGCUGCGCUCGCGCCAUCCGCGCUUGGAAGGAGAGUGGCUAUCAAGGGGAGGCACUUAACGACAGUGAAGCACGUGAUGACGUUGAGCUUACGGAGCUUUCUCCGGAGGAGACUGGCUUUGCCACAUGGGUACGAAGCACUGGCAACCCAGCUGCUUAUCUAGACCCUGACGGGACCCCACGAGGCACAGCGACAUUGGCAGUGCCCAUGUCUGGGACCCCAGAUAACUUUGUAGCCUUGUAUUUGCAUGGUGGUGGUUAUCGCAAGUACAAGCCGACCGACGGCUACGUUGCGGCUGUGUCGACUUGGCUCGCAGCGGUUUGUGUCGCUCCCGUACUUACCAUUGAUUACCGUCUCGCUCCGGAGUUCGACGCGGCGUCGCAUGCAGCAAUUGAUGAUGUGCACCAUGCUUUGCACUGGUUGCGGCUGAGGUAUCCCGCCGCCAAGAUCUUUGUAAUCGGCGACUCUGCGGGCGCAGGUCUUGCCCUAUCUUCAACCUACGCCUUGCUGACCGGCGGCAUCGUGGGAGCAGCACAAGCGAGGGUUCAUCCACCAGACUUGCCUGCUGGCCUCUGCUUACUGUCGCCAUACAUCGAUCUUACGAUGAACUCGCCAGGCUUUGAGAAUGCGAUGUUUAAUCCUGAAACUGGUUCGGGUGACAUUUUCUACACCAAUCAUGAUGGCUCUUCCAAUGCAGACACCGAUCGAGAUUGGCUUCGCAAUCGAGCAAUGGAUUAUAUUGGUCACCUCAGUCCUGACGAUCCCUUGUGUUCGCCUACCUUCAUUCCGGACGCUGCACUCGCUAGAUUCCCGCCCAUAUUGGCACUGGUUGGCGGCGCAGAGGUGUUUCUGCAGGAGACCUGGCAAUUCAUUGACCGAGCCGUCACAGCUGGCGCAAGGGCCAAGUUAAUGGUCUUUGACCGCAUGUGGCAUGAUUGGUUCAACUUCUGCAAUCUCCCAAGCAAGAUCGGGACAUCUGGAGGCUCGACGUCACAGCACUUGAGCGCAGCGGUUGAGGCAUAUGAAGCCUUGUCCGCUUGGGUACGUAGCUUGAGCUUUGGGGGCACAUAUUGUUCCGAACCGAAGGAAACUCGAUAGUCGAGUAUACGUGCGUGUUCAAAUGGUUGGAUUCUGCCACUUCGAAGUGGAAUGUGUGUUUGCUGCCAAUGCCAAUGUUGCCGUCGCAAUCAGUCGUAGCCAUGUCAUUGUUGUUUCCGCUUGUUGUUGAACUAUUGAGUUAUGGAUGUAAUUAUUUUUUGGGACCCCCGCCCAGACCCCCUGCGCGUUCCCACGCAAGCUAUUUAUUUGAUGAGCAAAGUCAAACCCAC